AAACCAUGACAAUCAUAACAAAUCAUUCAACUGGAACAAACCUCACCAUAUCUCUAUUGCUACUACUCUCAAAUAUAAUCAAAUCAGAGAAAGAGGGAGAUUGUUGAUCUUAAGUUAGUAGCUAGGAUGCAGGAAGUAAAGAAUAGGGGUUGUAUGGAGAAGGCAAGGCCAUUCAUUUCAAUGGUAUUGUUGCAAGUAGGACUAGCAGGAAUGGACAUUCUCUCAAAAGCUGUCUUAAACAAAGGCAUGAGCAAUUACGUCCUUGUUGUUUACCGUCAUGCCGUUGCUACCGUGGUUAUGGCCCCGUUUGCCUUAUAUUUCGACAAGAAGGUGAGACCUAAGAUGACGUUAAUGAUAUUCUUCAAGAUCACACUUCUUGGUUUACUUGAGCCAGUGAUCGAUCAAAACUUAUACUACCUGGGGAUGAAAUAUACAACGGCUACAUUUGCAACAGCCAUGUACAAUGUCUUACCUGCAAUCACGUUCGUCCUUGCCUAUAUAUUCGGCCUUGAAAGAGUGAAACUAAGGUGCAUCAGGAGCGCCGGUAAGGUGAUUGGAACAUUGGCUACAGUUGGAGGAGCCAUGAUCAUGACUCUUGUAAAAGGUCCAGUUCUAGACCUCUUCUGGACCAAAGGAGCCUCAGCACAAAACACAGAUGGGACCGAUAUUCAUAGUGCUAUCAAAGGCGCAGUUUUGGUCACAAUUGGUUGUUUCAGCUAUGCAUGUUUCAUGAUUCUCCAAGCUGUCACGUUGAGGACUUAUCCAGCUGAACUCUCACUCACAGCAUGGAUAUGUUUGAUGGGAACAAUAGAAGGAACUGCCGUGGCAUUAGUGAUGGAGAAAGGAAACCCUGGCGCGUGGGCCAUUGGUUGGGACACUAAACUUCUAACAUCUACCUACAGUGGGAUAGUGUGCUCGGCGAUUGCUUACUAUGUUGGAGGACUGGUGAUGAAAACCAGAGGCCCUGUGUUUGUAACAGCUUUUAGUCCUCUUUGCAUGAUCAUAGUAGCGAUUAUGUCAACUGUCAUUUUUGCUGAGCAGAUGUACCUGGGAAGGGUUCUUGGUGCGGCGGUUAUAUGUGCAGGACUUUACCUUGUGAUAUGGGGCAAAGGAAAAGAUUAUGAAUUUUCUUCCAUGCCGCAGCUAAAUGAUGAAUCAACACAACCAAAAUUGGAACUAAGCAGAAACGGGGAAGAUAGUGUAAAUCAUGAAGUCAUUACUAUCAACAAUCAAGGAGAACAAAGGAGAACACAUUUGUAGAAACAGUCUAAUUGUAAUA